AUGCCCCGAGGUCGACUGGGUUUGGCCGACCCGUUCUUUGAAUGGCUACCCGUCGUAGGCGUCGUGGCGCUGCUCAUUUGGACGUACUACGCCUACGUGACCGUACUCUGCGGCAGACUGGUCGAAGACGACGUGCUCCGCCGGUUGCUGGUGGUCGCCUUCCAUGCGCUCUUCGUGCUUUGCGUCUGGUCCUUCGUCUACACGACGUUCACCGGGCGCAUACCGGCGUACUUCAGCGUCAGCGUCGACGAGAAACAGCGGCUCGACGCGCUCACAGACUUCCACGAGCGACGGCUGUACCUGGACGAGCUGGGCGACAAGCGAGGCAUCCUGACGCUGGGCCCGGACGGCUGCGUCCGCUACUGUGCCGAGUGCCAGCGCAUCAAGCCGGACCGAUGUCACCACUGCUCCUGGUGCAGGAGGUGCGUGCCCAAAAUGGACCACCACUGCCCGUGGUUCAACAACUGCGUCUCCUUCACCACCCAAAAGUCGUUCCUGCUGACUCUGGUUUACUCCUCUCUGCUGGCCGGUUUCGUGGCGGCCACCUCCGUCAUACACGCCGUCCUCGCGUGGUUCGGCCCGGGCCUCCUGUUCGCCGCGAUCAACGUCAGCGCGCUCGUCAUCGGUGGCACCUACCUAUCGGUCGGCCUCGGCGGCUUCUUCUAUGUUCACUUGAACAACAUGUACCGCAACGUGACCACGCUCGAGAACAUGCGGGCGACAAUGUUCAGGGAGCCCGAGGACUCCUUCGACAUCGGCUGCGCCGAGAACGUCGCCCAGGUGUUCGGUCGGUUCAAACCUCUCUGGGCGAUUCCGGUGUUGACCAGUCUUGGUGACGGUACCCGCUUCCCCACGAAGCUCCACCCCGACCCAAACAACCUGCAGCUUCCACUGGUCCGCGCAGUGAAAGAUGCCCCUGCUGCCACACCGGGGAGCUCGUGUGCAGUCGCACCGCCACGUCCGGCACUGGUUCCUGCCGCUGUUCCGGCAACCCUGGGCCCCAGAAUUGGAUUCCCCCAGCCCCCGCUGCCCGUGAGAGGCCCCUCGCUAGUCGGCCCUACGCAUCCACUCCCCAAGUUCGGCGACUACCCCCGAAUGACCCAGCCAAGCACGACUGCCGCUCCCCAAGGGGUGGACCAAACACCGGCUGCGCCGAAAUGA